AUGUCGUAUUUGUCUGUCAUUGUUGUUCAGGUGGUGAAUAAGAUCAAGCUACAAGGCUCAGAAACUAUGAAAAAGAUCAUCAAGGAAAACAAAUGUACACGUACCAUGGUUUGGGCCGAAAAGAACAAGGUGCGAAUAUUCCCUGCUAACGUUCUUGAGGACCUGGAAAAGAGUGUAGUGCCGGGAUAUCUCAAGCACAGCCCUGAGAAUUUGGAUGCGGCUCUACAUCUUGAGAUGAGCACCAGGGCCCCAAGCAGGGUUUUAAAAUCACGGGUAUAUUCUUCUCCUGAAACGGUCCUAGGGCAAGAAAUGGAGCUUCUUCCUCUCGAGGUAUGCAGCUUUCUCCAGUCGGUACCCAACGCUGAGGUGGCCGAGUUCGUGGCGGGCAAGCAGCCAGGCAGCUUGAACGAGGCUCAAGACUUGGUAGCCGAGCUCACGGCGGCGCCGCUGGCCAAGACGUGCCUGGUGUCCUUCAUGGGCGACGACGACUAUGGCCGCUGGCUCCGGGGCACGGUCAACGGCCGCCCGGCGUCCUUCAUGCUCAGCCAGAACUCGGACAGCUUCGUGUCGGUCAACGCCGUCAACCGCCUCGGGCUGACGACUUCGCUGUGCCGUCCGUUUAGCGUCAACCUGCUUGUGGGGAGCACCGCGCAGCCCAGCAAUCGCAAAGUGGCGGACCUCGAGUUUGAGCUCGAGGGCGGGUUCAAGGGAUGCCUGGAUUUCGCGGUCAUGAAUCUGGCUCGCCACGAUUUCGUCCUCGGCCACGAGCUCAUAAACUUGUGCUCCGAGUAUGUUCUCAGCUUUCGGGAUGGCAUGAAGGUCGAGCUAGAAUGCGGAGGGCAAAGUUUCACCUCCCGGUUUCAGCAGGGCCGUCCCCAGUUUUAGGUUAUCCGUUGUCGAGGGUCAUGAAUCGUCGAGAAGAUGUUCUUGGAUGUUGUGUUUUUUCCAUUGUUUUCCAUUGUUUCAUCGCAGAGCUUGUUUCCAUCGUCUUUCCAUGUUUUCCAUUGUUUCGUAUAGUUCUCUGAGUUUCUCUUUACGUGGCUCUUUGAUUAGUCACGCUUUCUGGUCCUGGAGAAUCGCCCCCAGCUGCUUCCAGGCCUGUCUCCUCUGUGCCAUUAAGAACGCACUGGGCUGUGAUUAAAAAUCCAAUGAAAUCAAAAGCAUUGGUUUGCAGAUCAACA